AUGGACAGGAAAAGUCGUAAGGAUAGAUACCCCGACCUGUAUAGGCUAUCUACUGAGAAGGACGUUUCUGUUAGGGAGGCAAUUAAGAGCGAAGGCGGUGGAUCAGUUUGGAAUGGGAAAUGGGAUAGUUUGUUAGAGGGGAAAAACGUUAGGUAUGAGGAAGAAAUUAGAGAUAAGGUCCAGGGUAUCUCUUUGAGGGAUGGUACUAAAGACAAGUGGAGGUGGCAUAAGAACGUAUACUCAGUUAAAGAAGCCUAUUCGGUGAUCAUGGAAAGGAGAGUUACCCAAAUAGUAGUAAACAGGGAGUUAGCGGUUGUUUGGAAUAGACUUGUUCCGCAUAAAGUGUCGGUGUUGAUUUGGAGAAUAUGGCAAAACAAAAUUCCAAGUAGAGAGAAUUUAGUCAAAAGGGGAAUCUUACCACAAUCUCACGUAACAUGUCCGUAUGGCUUCUUAUGCGAGGAAAAUGUUGCGCAUGUUUUCUUCGAGUGUCCGGAAGUGCUAACCGUAUGGAGCGAGGUGUAUCAAUGGUUAGGUUUUUUAUAUGUUUCUCACAAUUCCGCUGUGCAGAAUUUUGUCCAAGGAAUGAUAAAGUUUUCAAAACUAGAGAACAAUGCAACACAAAUGGAGUGGAAGCAAUUCAGUUAUUGUGUUGAAUUGGAUAAAGUCGAAGGUCAAAGUUGGUGGUUGUAUGAUGACAUGCUUUUAGUACUGGUAGAAUUCUGGAUGCAACCAGGUUGGUUAAAGGUGGUUAUUCAGUUUGGCACAGGUGAUUUUUCUCAUGCUUUUGGAGGCGGAAUCGCGGGAAUAUCGACUAAUUUUAUGGUGGUUGUUUGA